CCCCGCCGCUGCCGCCACCGCCGGCCACCGACCCGCUGCAGGCCGAGCUGCGUUCGCGCCGCCAGCUCGGCGCCGACUCGACCGUCCUGCUCGGGGAUGACUGGCAGCGCGACUGUCGGCUCAUGGAGAGGUACCUGAACCUGCUGUUGCGUCACGAGGUGUACGGCCGGGACGCGGCGCUGGAGGCGUUCCUGACGCGGCCCGAGCCGCCCGUGCGCACGCUCGUGCGCCGCUCGCUGCUGACCCGGCUCACAGACGGCCUCUCCGGCUCUCGCGCCACACAUCCCGACUGCGACGAGUUCUUCCAGCGCGAGCGCGUGCGGCUCAACGAGUACCAGCCGCUGCUACAGCGCGCCGCCGAGGCGUUCACCGCCGUCGUGUUCGCCCAGCAGCGCCUGUCGAACCAGAUCAAUCACCUGGCGACGGCGCUCAACAUCGGCGUCGGCUCCAACGAGGGCUGGAACGGGCUCUACCACAAGCUGAACACACGCUUCUCGGGCGCACUGCAGGAGUACAAGCGCGGUGUUGACCUGUCGACGACGAGCGCGGAUGGCACGUUGGGCCAGACCCUGGAGCUGCACGCCCGGUACGCCCAGUCCGAGUCGGACAUGCUGCUGCGGCGCACCGGGCUCAUGAUCGAGUACGAGACGGCCAACCGCGGUCUCGAGAAGACCAAGGCGCAACGGCGGCCGGCGGCAGAGGAGGCCAAGCAGAGGGCGGAAGAGGUCUUCGAAGAGUGCUCCGACACCGCUAAGAGCGAGAUCCGCACGCUGCACCGGCUGCGCUCGGCGGAGCUGCUGGCCGGCCUGGGCGAGCUGGCGCGCUCGCAGAUCCACGCCGCCCCAGAUCCUGCAGCUCUGGACUUCUGA